AUGAAGUACACGUUCACCACCCUCGCUUUUGCGGCUCUGUCUUUCGCCAAUCCCGUCCCACAGUCAUACUCUGCACCACCUUCAUUCAGAAUCAAGAAUGUCGUCUCGGGAGGCUCCGGCUGUCCCCAAGGCAGCAUCGACAUCAACUGGACUGAUAACAGAGUGUUGCCAAUAUUCUUUAACAAAGACUUCACCGCGAGAGUGGGUAACAGAGCCGAUGCCGUCGACUCGCGAAAGAACUGCCAAAUCAACCUCGGCCUCGAGUUUUCACCAGGUUACAGCUUUGCCAUUUUCAGCGCCGACUACGCUGGCUGGGGAGAUCUCGAUCAAGGCGUCACCGGCGUCGUGAAGUCGACCUACUAUCUCUCCGGGGGGCAGGAUCAGUCAUCGACGACCUUCACCAUUCCUGGCCCAUUCCACGGAACAUACUAUAAGCAGGAUAAUGUCGCCCUAUCGGUCUGGUCGCCCUGUGGCAGCGACGCAUUGUUGAACGUCAACUCGGAGGUUGCUCUCACACCAUUCGCAACGCCCCUAACCGGUACACUUGCCGCAACACGUGAAGGCGCCCGGUUUAGCUCGACGCUGAACAUCCAGUGGAGGAAGUGCUAG